CUCAGGGCACCGGCUGUGGGCGUCGGAUGGGGCAGGGGGCCCGGUGGAGAGGUAGGGGCUGGGGACACAGAAUUAAGGAGGGAGGGGGUCACGCGGAGAGGUGGGGAAAGACAGAACGCAAGACGGGGGCGGGGGGAGGCCACGCGGAGACGCAGGAUGGGGAGACCGCCAAGGCUGAGACAGCGCCAGGAGACCAGGGCGCCCAGGCGCAAGGGGCGCGCGAGGGCGCGCGUGCCGGGGCGGGGGGCGAGAUUAGGGGGCCGCGGCCCCGCAUCUCCGGGUCUGCGGCGGGCGCUCCCCCCCACCACGUCACCCCCCCGCUGCGGAGAGGCCAGAAGCGGGAGGUGGCCAAGGCUGAGACGGCCAGUGAGAGGUGA